AUGGAUAAAGAUUGGAUGAAUGUGCAUAGAUUAUCAGUGACAUAUAGGCAAGGUGUUGAUCAUUUUUUGGAGUUUUGUGCGAAGAAUGCGAAAAACCCUAAUUUUGUUCAUUGUCCUUGCGUUAAGUGUGCUAACUUGGAGCGUAUGAAAAUUGUCAAGAUAAAAGAACAUUUGUUUAAGAAUGGUAUAGACAAGAAUUAUAAGGUUUGGUAUCACCACGGGGAAGAUAUUAGAGUUUCGGGGGUGGGGCCAUCUAAGAAGGAUAAGUGUUUUAAUUUGGAUUACGAAGAUGAUCACAUUGCAGAAUUAUUUGAUGAUGCGCAACAUGAAUCCAAUGUUGAUCCAGAGAAAUUUAUAAGAGUUUUAAAAGAUUCUGAAAAGCCUAUUUAUCCUAAUUGUAAUAGGUUUACUAAAUUAUCAACACUUAUUAGGUUAUACAAUAUCAAAGCCAAACACGGGUGGAGUGAUACGAGUUUCACAGACUUGCUAGCUUUCUUAGGAGAGUUGUUACCUGAAGGUAAUGAAAUUCCUUUGUCUUUUUAUGAGGCAAAGAAGACACUUUGUUCGUUAGGCAUGCAAUAUGAGAAAAUACAUGCAUGUCCUAAAGAUUGCAUUCUUUAUCGAAAGAGAUUUGUGGAUGCAAUAGCGUGUCCGACGUGUGGUGAGUCCAGGUGGCAAAAGAAAAAGAAUUCUGAUGAGGUAAAGGAUGGUAUCCCUACAAAAGUGUUAUGGUACUUACCGCCCAUACCUCGUUUGGUUCGGUUCUUUCGAAAUGCAGAUUACGCUAAAAAUUUGACUUGGCAUGUAACCAAUAGAGUGGAAGAUGGUUAUAUGAGGCACCCUGCCGACUCACCCGCUUGGAAAACAGUAGAUGAUAGAUGGCCUGACUUUGCUAGUGAACCUAGGAAUAUUCGUCUUGGUCUUUCUGCCGACGGUAUUAAUCCACAUACUUCCCUUAGUAGCAAGUAUAGUUCCUGGCCAGUUUUGCUUGUGAUGUAUAAUUUGCCGCCUUGGUUGGUUAUGAAGAGGAAGUUCACUAUGCUGACACUUUUAAUAUCAGGUCCUUCACAACCUGGUAAUAAUAUUGAUGUCUAUUUAGCUCCUCUUGUUGAUGAUUUAGGUCUACUGUGGCACGACGGUGUUUCAGCAUAUGAUGCGUAUAGGAAUGAAACAUUCAAUCUUAAAGCAAUAUUGUUAUGGACCAUCAAUGAUUUUCAUGCAUAUGGGAAUCUUUCUGGAUAUAGUGUGAAAGGGUACAAGGCAUGUCCUAUCUGUGAGGAGAAAACUUGCUCUCAAUAUUUAAAACAUUCCAGAAAGAUUAGCUAUAUGGGACAUCGAAAGUUUUUGCCAACCGACCACGUUUUCCGAACUUGGAAGAAAGCAUUUGACGGAAAACAAGAAUUUGAAUUGGCUCCGCCACCUUUACACGGGGAGGAAUUGAAUGAAAAGUUGAACAAAGUUCAAUUCAAACUUGGAAAGAGAAAAGUUGCCCCUAAAAAAAGAAAAGGUAGGGGGAACAAACGUGAAGAGGUUACAAGUGAACCUGCAGGGCCAUGGAAGAAGAAAUCAAUAUUUUUUGAGCUUGAGUACUGGAAGUAUUUGGUUUUACGUCAUAACUUAGAUGUGAUGCAUAUCGAGAAAAACGUGUGA